GUCGCUAAGUACGAUGCCUAAAUGAGGCAGGCUGCUGGCAUAAUCCGAUGCACAACGGCAAUAGCCGAGAACCCUCCUCCAGUCGUCAAACAAGACGUUGUAGUCGUACCAGAGUCAAGACCCUCAAGAGGUAUGUUUCCGUAUCGUUAUCGUAUGCAGCUAUGCUACAAAGGGUCUACGUUGCGGUCAGAAACUCUAGUUUGGAGAAAUCUAAAUGGAAAUCGAUGGAUGCUUUCGUCUUGAUUGGAUGUAUGUUGAUCUGCCGAGUCACUAACCAUCUUGCAUUGCAGCCUGCAACAUGGGCGCAUACAAAUACAUCAGCGAGUUGUACAGAAAAAAGCAGUCCGAUGUGCUGCGUUUUCUUCUCCGUGUUCGAUGCUGGGAGUACCGCCAAUUGAAAGUCGUUCAUCGUGCAUCUCGUCCUUCUCGUCCUGACAAGGCUCGUCGGUUGGGAUACAAGGCCAAGCAGGGCUACGUCAUCUACCGUAUUCGUGUCCGUCGCGGUAACCGCAAAAAGCCAGUUCCAAAGGGUGCCACCAAUGGCAAGCCUGUCCGUCAGGGUGUCAACCACUUGAAGCCCCAGCGCAGUCUCAGGAGUACCGCCGAGGAACGUGUUGGAAGGCGUUGUGGAAACCUGCGAGUUCUGAACUCAUACUGGGUAAACCAGGACGGCGUUUACAAGUAUUUCGAAGUCAUUCUUGUGGAUCCUAACCACAAAGCUAUUCGCCGGGAUCCCCGUAUCAACUGGAUUACCAAGCCAGUGCACAAACGCCGCGAAGCUCGUGGUCUCACCAGCGUUGGGAAGCAGAACAGGGGAUUGGGCAAGGGCCACCGUCACAACCACGCUCCUGCUCGUUCAACCUGGAAGAAGCACAACACACUGUCUCUUCGUCGUUACCGAUGAUUUACCUGCAUAUUUUCUGUUGUUCUUCCAUUAUGUUACUUCAUACUUGCUAUGCUUUGUAUGACCAUGAAGUUUCACCAAAAAGUUAUCAUGUGCUCUUACAUUUUGUAAAGGAACUUUUAGGCUCCACAAUAAGCACAGCAAUGGCAAGCCGGCAUCUCACCAAUUCUCACGGAAUGUCAGACGGGUCAUACAUGCGUUUAUUGUGAUUGCGGAACAAUUUUUUAGUCACAUUCGCCUCGUGGCCAC